AUGGAGCAGUCAGCUGUGGCCAAGGGCUCUCAUCCUAAACUUGUCAAGUGGCUACUUGAGCAUUUUUAUGUCUGUGAAGGUUGGAGCAUUCCUCGCAGUCUCAUUUAUCAGUUCUACCUGGAAUAUUGUAAGCACAACAGAUUAAAUCCAAUAAAUGCAGCUACCUUUGGAAAGCUCGUUCGUUCAGUAUUUACUGAUUUGAGAACUAGACGAUUGGGAACAAGAGGAUGUGCAAGAUAUCACUAUGAGGGAAUACGCGUGAGACCACAUUCUCCGCUGUAUGGUCAGUACUCCUCCCUCAUGACCAAUAAGCAGUUUGAAAGCUUAGACUUUUCCAAUUUGGAAGGAGAAAGUUUCUUUGCCAUCAGUAAUAAAUGCAGAAAGAUUGAAUGUCUUGGUGGGUCUUCCCAUGAAUUGGCUCGGUUUACCUCGUGGGAGCAAGAACUGGAAGGGAAAUAUUCUACUCAGUUUACAGUAAUUGCAGAUUCAUAUUAUAACCAUUGUCAAGAAGUCCUACAUCAUGUUAGAAGCAAUCAACUUGAGAAGGUUAGAAGUGUCCUUUCAUUGUUCUGGGAGUCAUUUAUAUUUGAUAUCAUCAAUAUAUCUUUCCCGGAUGUAUGGCAGCUUUUCUGCUCUUAUGAUACCCAGUUAUACAAGAUGAUAGAAGAAAUUCUUCUUCGUGAUUUUCUAGGUGAUUUUUCUGUGCAACAUCUUCAAAAUGCCAGAUCCUUUGCCAAAAAGUUUAAGAGUUGGUUGGGUGAUGCAUUGGAAGGCACGCCAUUACUGUUACAGUCACUUAAGAUGAGAGCAGCUAAUAUGUUUGUCAAUAGACUCCGAAGAAGAACUUGUAUUUGCAAUCUUGCAAAGAGUAUGCACACAGUGUUGAAUAAUCAUCGAAUGGUUAGCACUUUAAAAGCUGAUUUGCGUGCUGUCAUCAGUCAAGGGUUGUUGAAUAUCCCCAACAAGUCCACAGAAGCAUUCGGCCAUUCACUGGAAGAAGAAGGCAAUAGUUUUGAAUGGAAAUGUUUUGAUAGUUUAUUAGCUUUACUGGAUUCUGCUGCUGAUAUUAGAGCUUACUUUCAAUGCGUUUCAACUCUGGUGCAUCACUUUGUAUUUCAGCCCAGCAUCUUCAAGGAGGAAGAGUUUACACAAUUAGCUGCAAAUUUCCAGCUGAGAUGGAACUACUUUUUCUCUGCGAUAAGCCGUGCUUUAACAUUGUCAAAUGCAGAAUCCUUUGGUUCGUGGCACUUGGUGAACCUUCUCAUUUCUGAGUACCUGACUCAUGUACUCCAGUCCUACAUGGAAGAGGAGAUGGAAAAGUCAGUACCAGAAGGCAUAGAUCAGCCAUCACAUGGCGCAAUUCAGGACCCUGACUUGGAAUCUGUUCUCAAAACAAUUGCAGCACCAUCAGAAUCCCUUCAUGUAAAACCAGAACAAAUAAGUGACAAAGACCUUAAUCUGCAAGGUAUCAACAUCAAGCCUUUGGGACUCCAAAUUGAUACUUUGACUGGCAACAAGAUAAUUCAAGUUUUGGUUGAAGAUGAGCCAAGUAAAAGUACCCUUAAGCUGAAUCUGUCAUUAGGGAAGAAAGCAGUUGUCACUUUAAAGAAUGGUCAGACAUUUGAAAUCCACACAUCUAUGAUGCCGCAACAGGUUGCUAGUGACAUGCAGAUAUGAAUGACUAGUUCACAUUACAUACAAUGAAGAUGUUCAAAAAACCCGAAAUAGCAUUGCUGCAGGAAUGCUGUGAUUUGGUAAUAUCUUACACUAAGGUGUAAG